AGCCCGGCUGGAAGCGCACCCCUCAGGUCAGCAGUUCCUGGAUCUUGGUCGCGGGGGAGGGGUCGAGGCCAAGAAGAGCCGCGCAGGAGGAGGGAGCUUCCCCCUCCCUUUCCCUCUGAGGUGUAGCCAGGAUGGAGAGGCUUUUGAUACAACUGUGUGAUUCCAGCCCAGACAAGCCAUUCCCACUCUGGGAAUGGGGCACUGUGGGACACUGCUUUACCCAGCUGGUGCUCAAUUCCCUGGCACAUGUACUUCUUGCCCUAAUCAGUGCCUGCUACCUCGGCACUCCAAGGUAUCCAGACUCCAUGCCACCUUGUAGCCCAGGCUGGCGUCUUCGACUUGUCGUCUCCUUCCUGUUGUCAAUUCUUCCAUUACUUGACCUGUUACCGGCAGCCAUCCCCUCAGAGGCAGUCCCUGGUCCCCUGGCGUUAGAGGUGCUGGCAGGAGGUGUUGCGACGAUCGCCUGGAUCACUCAUAGCUUGGCACUCCGGGCACUAGCUCGGUCCCAUGGUAGACUUUCUCGUGGGCCUUUGAUUUUGGCCCUGACUGCCCUCCUGCCUGCCCCUGCCAUGGUGCUGACCCUGCUGUGGCAUUGUCAGCAAGGGACUCUCCUGACCCCACUCCAGCUAGCACCCUUCUUCCGACUCUGCUUUGUAAUCUUGCAGCUGACCAUGCUUCUGGCCUAUUUGCUGGGGUGGGCAGUGCCUGGGGACCAGAGGCAGCGAAGGGCUUGGGCCUCUGACAGCCUCCUUCUCGAGCCACAGAGGCCAGAGAUGGCUGAAGAUGGGGAGAGCUGGCUCUCACGCUUCUUCUACCUGUGGCUGGCUCCCCUGCUGGCCCGGGGGGUCCGGGGACAACUCCAGCAACCUCAAGACACUUGCCUGCUGCCCUCCAGGCUGCAGACAGCCUACCUUGCCCGCCUCUUCAGGGCACACUGGAGGGAGGGGGCCAAGCUGUGGCUGGUCCUGUAUGGAGCUUUAGGGCAACGCUAUCUCACAUUAGGACUCCUGAAGCUAGCAGGGACACUUCUAGGCUUCUCUGGUCCUUUGCUUCUUUCACUAUUGGUUGGUUUCUUGGAGAACGAACAGGAGCCCCUGAGUCAAGGAGUGCUUUAUGCAAUGGGACUUGCAGGUGGGGCAGUACUGGGUGCUUUGCUGCAGAACCAGUAUGGGUAUGAGUUGAGGAAGGUGGCAUUACAGGCUCGAGGAGCUGUGUUGGGGGCUGUGUACCAUAAGACCCUCCACCUGGGGCCAAAUCGCCCCUCUGCUGGCGAGGCAGUGAACCUCCUGGGCACUGAUUCUGAGCGGCUGCUUAACUUUGCCAAUAGUUUCCAUGAGGCCUGGGGCCUGCCCCUGCAGCUGUCCAUCACCCUCUAUCUGCUCUACCAGCAGGUAGGCCUGGCCUUCCUAGGUGGGUUGGGCCUGGCGCUGCUGCUAGUGCCUCUUAACAAAGUGAUUGCGACACGCAUCUUGGCCAAGAAUGAGUCUAUGCUCCAGCACAAGGAUGCUCGAGUCAAGCUCAUGACAGAAUUGCUCUGUGGCAUUCGAGUCAUCAAGUUCUGUGGGUGGGAGCAAACUCUUGGCUCUCGAGUGCAGAAACACCGUGCCCAAGAACUUCAGCAGCUCCGUGUCAUCAAGUACCUGGAUGCAGCCUGCGUGUACCUGUGGGCUGCAUUACCCGUUGUCAUCUCCAUUGUCAUCUUUAUCACCUAUGUCCUCAUGGGCCACCAGCUUACUGCUACCAAGGUAUUCACAGCAUUGGCACUGGUCAGCAUGCUCAUCCUCCCCCUCAACAAUUUCCCCUGGGUAGUCAAUGGGCUUCUGGAGGCCAAGGUGUCUCUGGAGCGCCUACAGCGCUUCCUGGACCUCCCAGACCAUGAUCCUCAGGCCUACUACAGUCCAGAUCCUCCCACAGAACCCCUAACAGUGCUGGAGCUCCAUGAAGCCAUGUUUUCCUGGCACCCCAUUGGAACAGGCCUGGAUACCUUCAUCACUCACCUUGAAGUGAAGAAGGGUUCGCUGGUGGGCAUUGUGGGGAAGGUGGGCUGUGGCAAGAGCUCUCUCCUGGCGGCUGUCUCUGGGGAGCUCCACAGGUUAAGUGGUCAGAUCUCAAUAGCUGGGCGGUGUGAAGGCUUUGGUCUGGCCACCCAGGAACCUUGGAUCCAGUUUGCCACCAUUCGAGACAACAUCCUCUUUGGGAAGGCAUUCGAUGCUCAUCUCUAUUGGAAGGUGUUGGAGGCCUGUGCCCUCCACGAUGACCUUGCUAUCCUGCCUGAUGGAGACCAGACAGAAGUGGGAGAGAAAGGUGUGACUCUCAGUGGUGGACAGAGGGCCCGCAUUGCCCUUGCUCGAGCUGUCUACCAGGAGAACAAGCUCUACCUCCUGGAUGAUCCCCUGGCUGCUGUGGAUGCUGAUGUGGCCAACCACUUGCUGCAGAAGUGUAUUCUAGGCAUCCUGGGACACACCACCCGGCUGCUCUGCACCCACCGAACAGAAUACCUGGAGCAGGCUGAUGUUGUGCUGUUGCUCGAGGGUGGGCGCAUCAUCCAAGCAGGACCACCCUCUGAGAUUCUGCCACUGGUCCAAGCUGCCCCCGAUGCCCACUCUGAGGAUGUACAGAAGACUGAGUCAGCAGCAGCCUUAGAGGCUUGGAAGCCAGAGAAAGAGAGUGAGGAGUCCAAGGAGGUGGGCCCAAACCCCAGCCGCCUGCUCCAGGAAGAAAGAAAGAAAGAAGGGGCCGUGGCCUUCCAGGUGUACCAGGCUUACUGGAAAGCUGUGGGUGGGGGUCUCUCCCUGGCCAUCCUCUUCUUCUUGCUUCUCAUGCAAGGGACGCGGAAUGCUGCUGACUGGUGGCUCUCUCACUGGAUUUCCCAGCUGAAAAUAGCUGAGAAUGGCUCCCAAGAGCUGGGCCACCUUGCCAGCCAAGCACCCUCGCUGCUGUCCCCACAGCUACUGCUCUUCUCCCCCGGAGGCCUCUUCACCCCCGUGUUACCAUGGCCCAAAGCCACCCCAAAUAGCUCCCUGGAUGUGCAGUUCUACCUGACCGUAUAUGGGGCCAUUGCCAGCGCCAACUCGAUCUGCACCCUCCUGCGGGCGAUCCUCUUUGCCACUGGCAUCCUCCAGGCAGCGGCCACCCUGCAUCAGCGCCUGCUGCACCGUGUCCUCAGGGCUCCUGUGACGUUCUUUGACUCCACGCCGACUGGCCGGAUCCUGAACCGCUUCUCAUCCGAUGUGGCCUGUGCAGAUGACAGUCUGCCCUUCAUUCUCAACAUCCUUUUGGCCAAUGCAGUGGGACUGCUGGGGCUGCUGGCCGUCCUGGGCUUAGGGCUGCCCUGGCUGCUGCUGCUGCUGCCACCCCUCGGCUCCCUCUACUACUCUGUGCAGCGCCACUACCGGGCCUCCUCAAGGGAGCUGCGUCGCCUGAGCAGCCUCACCCUCUCCCCACUCUAUACCCACCUCUCUGAGAGCCUCGCCGGGCUCAGUAUCAUCCGGGCCUCUCGUGCCACCUGCAGGUUUGAAGAGGAGAACGAAAAGCUGCUGGAGCUUAACCAGCGCUGCCAGUUUGCUGCCAGUGCGUGCCUGCAGUGGCUGGACAUACGGCUGCAGCUCAUGGGUGCCGCCGUGGUCAGCGCCAUUGCUGUCAUCGCCCUUAUCCAGCAUUACCAACACCUCGCUAACCCAGGACUAGUGGGCCUGUCGCUGUCCUAUGCCCUGUCCCUGACAGGCCUUCUCUCAGGCCUGGUGAGCAGCUUCACGCAAACAGAAGCCAUGAUGGUGAGUGUGGAGCGACUGGAGGAGUAUUCUCAUGACCUGCCCAGUGAGCCCCAGGGCCAGCAGAUACAGGUAGAAGUAGGCUGGCUGUCACAGGGACACGUGGAGUUCCAGGAUGUGGUAUUGGCUUACCGGCCUGGGUUACCCAAUGCCUUGGAUGGGGUUACCUUCAGUGUGCUCCCUGGGGAGAAGAUAGGCAUUGUUGGCCGGACAGGUUCCGGAAAGUCCUCUCUGCUGUUGGUAUUGUUCCGGCUGGUGGAGCCCAGCGCUGGGCAUAUCCUCCUGGAUGGUGUGGACACUAGCUUGCUGGGCUUGUCGGAUCUCAGGUCCCAGCUGGCCAUCAUCCCUCAAGAGCCCUUUUUGUUUAGCGGCACAGUGCGAGAGAACCUGGACCCUCUGGGUCGCCAUGAGGAUGAGGCACUGUGGCAGGCCUUGGAGGAGUGCCACCUGAGUGAGGUGAUCACUCCCCUUGGUGGUUUGGAUGGUGAGCUGGGUGAGGGGGGACGGCGCUUGUCACUCGGGCAGAGGCAGCUACUAUGUUUGGCCAGAGCUCUCCUUACAGAUGCCAAGAUCCUGUGCAUUGAUGAGGCCACAGCCAGUGUGGACCAGAAGACAGAUCAGCUGCUCCAACAGACAAUCUGUAAUCAUUUUGCUAAUAAGACUGUUCUGACCAUUGCACAUAGGCUAAACACGAUCCUGAAUUCAGACCGAGUGAUGGUGUUACAGGCGGGAAGGGUGGCUGAGCUGGACGCUCCAGCUGCCCUUCGAAGUCGGCCCUACUCAUUGUUCCAACAGCUGCUACAAAACAGUCAGCAAUAACCCUGCCUCCUCUGAACCGAUGGUCUUCCCUCUUCCUCAGUCACACCUCCUUCUCCAUGUGGGAGGGCUUGGGGCUUUUAAUCUCAGGUGAUGAACAGCUGUUUACUCUCCCCUUCAUCUAGAGAGCCACCCGGCCCUGGGAGGCACCAGGCCCUCCUCACCUUCCCCAAGCAUCCCUGGCUGGGUACCUUGGGAUGCUCUCCUUGAUACCAAUCCUCCUUAGUGAGCUGAUGGUAUUGCAGGAGAACUCUGGACCAGAGCUGGGACCUUGGACAUGGGGCUCUAGGUUGGCCCCACCUGGGGCCAGGAGCCCUGGGAGCAUGAGCUAUCACUCACUGUCAUUUUUUGUAAUUUUAUUUGAUAAAACCUCUCUUGAACAA